AUGGAUCAACCCUCGACAGCUGAAAAGGGUCAAAAUGACUCAGACACCAGUGACUUGGAUGUGCUCUCUCGCCCCAGCUCAUCAACCCCACACCACAGGCCAGGCCAUAGUGGAGGCCACCGCCAUGAUGAGUCCCAUCACCAUGGUGAGUCCCAUCACCAUGGUGAGUCCCAUCUUCAUGGUAUAUCCCAUCAUCAUGGUGGAUCUCACCACCUUGGUGACUUCCAAGACUUCCAUGACAAUGCCUUCUCCCGCCAUUCCCACCACUCUCCCCACUCCCACCAUUCCACCCACCAUGGAGAGACCCGCCAUCAUGGUGGAACCCACCACUCCACAAACCUUGCCCUGCCUCCUUCCCAUGGCACUGUCUUCUCCCACCAUUCUUAUGGUGAGGACCACUCUGAUGAUGAGCACCACCACGGUAGCAGAAAAUAUAAUGGUAGGCCUCACCACCGUAAUGAGUCCUACCUCCAUGGGGGCCCCUCCCACCACGGUGAGUCCUCCCACCAUGGGGGGCCCCGCCACCACGGUGAGUCCUACCUCCAUGGGGGGCCCCCCCACCACGGUGAGUCCUAUCACCCUGGGGCCCCCCACCACCACGGUGAGUCCUACCACCAUGGGGGCGCCCCCCACCACGGUGAGUCCUACCUCCACGGGGGGCCUCACCAUCAUGGUGAGGCCUACCACCAUGGGGGGCCUCACCAUCGGGGGGGGCCCCAUCACCAUGGUGAGCCUUACUACCAUAAAGAGGCCUACCACUCCGGGGGCCCUCGCCAACACAUUGAGGCCUAUCACCAUGGUGGGCCCCAUCACUAUGAUGCUUACCACCACGGUGGGCACCAUCAUCAUGAAGCCCCCCACCACAGAAGGCCUCUUCAUCAUGGAGAGACCUAUUCCCACCAUUCCUAUGUGGGGUCCUACCACGAUGACAUACCUAACUACCACAGCGAGCGCCACCACAGUGAGCAACACCAUGGCCACCACGGCUACCAUGAUGAGCACCACCAUGGUGAGCACCACCACGGCGAGCACCACCACGGCGACGAGCACCACCAUGGCCACCGUGGCGAGCACCACCACAGGGAGUAUCACCGUGGUGCACAUCCUUACAAUUAUCUCCACAGUAUCGGGGCGCAACAUCAUGGUGGCUCCCAAGUCUUUGGCCCACUCAAGCCCCACAGCAUGGCCAGAGCCUCCCUUGGCUCCACCUAUUCAAUGGCCCUCCAACCGAACUUGACCCGUUCCCACAAUAAAAUUCGCUCACAUGCCUCCCAGGUCUCUAGCAAAGUCCAUCCUCAGGAUUCCUCCUCUAAAUCCUCGGAAAGCUGGGCUGAAGAAGAUGAGCAAUUUCAGAAGCGCGAAACUGGCCGGCCGCAGCGGUCCCACAAGAAGCUUCAUACUAUGGACCUCUCCAAUUGGUUGCGGGAAAAAUUAAGCUACUUCAUUCAAGGCCUCCGGAGCAUGCUCAGGAACCUGACUCAGUCCCUGGCCUUUGAAGCCUUCAUCUUCCUCAUCGUCUGCCUCAACACCAUCAUGCUAGUGGCCCAGACCUUCGCUGAAGUCGAGAUCCGGGGCGAGUGGUACUUCAUGGCCUUGGACUCCAUCUUCCUCUCCAUCUAUAUGAUAGAAGCUCUGCUCAAGAUCAUCGCCUUGGGCCUCAAGUAUUUUUCUGACUCCUGGAACAAUCUGGACUUCUUCAUCAUGGUCAUGGCUGUGCUGGACUUCAUGCUCAUGCAGCUCAGCUCCCUCUCCUUCAUGCGCGUCAUCUACCACCAAAGCGUCUUCCGGAUCUUCAAGGUCUUCAAGAGCCUGCGGGCCCUGAGGGCCAUCCGGGUCCUGCGGAGGCUCAGCUUCCUGACCAGCCUCCAGGAAGUGACCGGGACCCUGGCCCGGUCCCUGCCGUCCAUCACCGCCAUCCUCAUCCUCAUGUUUACCUGCAUCUUCCUCUUCUCUGUGGUGCUCCGAGCAUUGUUCCGCCAAUCUGACCCCAAGCGCUUCCAGAACAUCUUCACCACCAUCUUCACCCUCUUCACCCUGCUCACCCUCGACGACUGGUCCCUCAUCUACCUGGACAGCCGGGCCCAGGGCGCCUGGUACAUCAUCCCCAUCCUCAUGGUCUACAUCAUCAUCCAGUAUUUCAUCUUCCUCAACCUGGUGAUUGCUGUCCUGGUGGAUAACUUCCAGAUGGCACUGCUCAGGGGCCUGGAGAAAGUGAAACAGGAGAGGGCCGCCCAGAUCCACGAGAAGCUGCUGGAUGACUCACUGACGGAGCUCAGGAAAGCAGAGCCUGAAGAGGAGAUGGGUGAACACGCGAUACGGAAGCAGCUCAUGGAGAAAAAAUUUGGGACCAUGACUGAGAAGCAGCAAGAGCUCCUGUUCCACUUUCUGCAGCUGGUGGCUGGGGUGGAGCAUUAUCAACAGAAAUUCCGCUCCCAGGCAUCUGUCAUUGAUGAGAUUGUCGACGCCGCAUUUGAGGCUGGAGAAGAGGACUUCAGGAAGUGACCCUGGAGAUGGACGCCCAACGCAGACUUUAGCCUCUGGCAAGUUACCC